UAUCCUGUCAAUCACUGAGUGAAGGCGCGUGAAUUGCUGCUGCGACAGGAAAGUCUCACCUCAGACAUUUUAACUUUAGAUUUAUUAGUCACUAAGUUACCAGUUGUAAGUGCACAGCCGACCGUUUUACUCUUUAAUCUUGUAUAAAUUCAUGUAAUGAAUCUUUUCAUUUUUUAGUCAUCGUUCACGAUUUCAAAAGAACCGAUAUUUCACGAUACAUUAUAAUAUCGUUUGACAGGCCACAUCAAACUGAGUUUUCGCUAGCCGUUAAAAAAUUACGUUUUCUUAGACACUGGACUCCAAUUCCCAUAAAGAUUUAAGAUUAAUCCACAACAAAGGAGACGAUAUUUGAUAUAUUGUAAUUUAUUAGGUUUUGUUUUUUUUUGUUUUAAGAUCCAUUCGUGUGGUUUCAAUAUGAAUAAUCACACCAUGUCUAAUUCAUGUGGUCGAACCCAACAAAGUGCAAGUUUCAAGACUGUCAGGUAUAAGGGUAUUGAUUACAUCUCUGAGGCUUCAGUCAGAUGGAGACUGUUGAUGAAUGUGUUGGAACUUCCAGUUCCACUCCAGCUGGACAGUAACAUCUACCCUCACAAUGGACACCUGUUAGACAUCGCUUACCGGGUACCAUGGAAAAACAAAAUAUCCAUGUGUACUCUACAAAUGACUGGAUCUGUAAUGGAUGACUUGAAGGCCAACAUACAUUUCAGUGACUGUUUGGAAAGGUUCAGUGUGUUGCAGACAGGAAGAGGACUAGAGGAAGUGGUUCCCAGCUCUAAUCCUGCCUCUCAGUGCAGUAUUGGUACCGCAGAAGUCCUCUGGCUUUUAGAUGGAGUUGAGAGCAGUGCCAUCAGAUCACCUUGGGAAGAGAGUUUCAGUCCAUGUACACCAGAUGCAUGUUGCUUUACCUAUGAUGAUCUCACCCUGCCAGAGGAGGUGAUAUUCGGUGACCAUCUGCAGCGGUUCAAAAGCUACGUGCCUCCAUUUCAAACAAUGCUUCAGAGGCUAAAGAUCAUGACUGUCUCGGAUCCUGUUCUCAAUUCAUCAGUAAAUCUCUUAGAAGGGCUUGUUUUUAGACACUGUGCCUCAUAUGAUGCAGUUUUAGACGAAGAAACGGGUGCCACAUUUACUGGAGGAAAUGUCAUAGAGGAGUUCAAAAAAGAGGCAGUACUGAAUGAAGAGUCACUAAUGUUGCCUGUUGAACUUCAUAUGGAUUCAUCCCGAAGACAAGAGCCCGUUUUUUCCUUUGCAAAACUGCAAGAUUUUCUAAAUGUCGUCCGAGAGCCAAUAGAAGAAUGUUUCCCCUUAAAAGAUCUUCUUAAAGAAGCCACCUUCACUGAUAAAGUCACGACUGAGUUGGAGGUCCUGAAAAUGGCUGAAAGCAGCUUUGUUAACGUCACCUUUAAAGAGCCAAAAUCUCCAGUUGCUUUGAGGUCUUAUGCUGAGAUGGAAUUAGACCUGCCUUUUUCACCGUGUAAUCAUACGCUGUGUCUGCCAGACCUGUUUAUGCCCAGCAGACUUCUGUCAGCUGAAAUACUGUCACCAGUAUAUAAGCAGCAUUUCAUGUCAGACAGUGAUUGUGAAAAUAUGGAAAAAGCUGUUUGGAUAGCAGAGAAACAUCCCCAAUCCGUGUCUAAGUUUUUAUUUGCUGAACCACAGGUAACUAAGCCCUUGGUCCACAUUCAGUCACUUCCAGAGCUUCUUACACUGCUGAAGGUGGAGAUGGAACCAGUCCCAGAACCCAAAGAUAAUAUGGGCCAGUCUCCCUUCACGGACAGUACAGUGACGUUGCCUAAUCUCUCCAUCUACACUGAGAAAAUUUCCACAAAAAAAGAGAGUAAGAGAGAGUCACACAUGGAUGAAAUAUUCUCACCACUGUCUAUACUGAAAAUAGAUGAGUUGCUGAGUAAGCGUGCCUCAAAUGCUGGCCAUCCCUCUGCAGUUCACCCUUCCCAGAGUAAGCCUCUGCAGUCAGCUGUACCUACACAGGUGGAGAGAGGGACGACUGUGAAGUUCUUCAUAAUGGAGCGCAUGUCUCACCAAGGAGACAGUUCUACAGUGACAACAACUGGAGGAAUAGACUGUAAAGCUGCAGAGAUAGAGCAACACAUGUCUAGUCCACCAGAAAGAUGCUUUGGGAGCCAGACAAAUUCCUCCAAACAUCUUUCAGAGAAGCAAGUGGUCGAGAUGUCUAAGUCAUCUCCACUGAAGCACAGUGUUAAAGAUAUUGAAGUGAUAUCCACUAUACAUAAACCUCCUGAGAAGUCAGAACAGAGAAGAGAAAACAUAAUCCCUAAAUCAUCUCCGUUAUCAAACUGUUUUAGAGGCAGAAAGAGAAACAAUUCAGUAGUUCAUACUUACGAAGACACUUUAUUAUCUUUUGUGACAUUAAGAACGAUGAGUCCAAUGGAAAAACCUCAACAGGGCAAUCCAACAUCUGCAGAAGUAACCAUGAAUCAGAAUUCUAUUGGAAAAGCCUUGCCCGAUAACAGGAUAAAUGCAGUGAAUCACGCCUCAGAUAAAGGAAAGAGUGUCAUUGCCUCUGAGAAGAGCUUUCCCUGUGAAGAGAAGCAAGAGACCAUCAGCAAGAUUGUAUACGUCCAAGCCACAGAGAUCCAGAGAUAUGCAUAUAGGGAGCUGUGUGUGUUGGCUCUGCCCUGUCUGAGUAAAAUGCAGAAGUUGGGCAUCUCUGCUUUGAACAACAGAGACUUUAGCACUCUGUCUUCCGAACUCACACAAUUCCUCCUAAAGCAGCAGGAACGAAUGCUUCGGACAGAACAGGAUGCAGAUAAUGUUAAUGAGAUGCCACUGCUACAUAUUCUGGUAACACUGAAAGAACACGUCCUCUUCGGAUGUGACCUCAAUGCAGCUGCUGAGUACCUGGCUCAGGCAAAGGACUCCUGUACUCUUAGCUGUUUGAAUGAGCUGUUGAGGAAGUUUGAGGUGUUGCAGUAUCUGAGUCAGAAGAGGCAGGAGUCCAACCCUAAACUACUGGAGCUCCAGGAACAAAUCAACACAUGGAUGAACUCCCACGCUAACCACAACACUAGAGUCCUAGUAUUGACAGUGAACGGUAUAAACAAAGAGCUGCUUUCAGCUCUCAACCAGGUAUCAGGAAACUCUGUGUCUGAAAUAAUCCCAGAUGAAGGAAAGCAUAAAGUAGUGAGCAGAGACGUGAUGGACAGACUGUCCUACAAGAGGUGUGUCGUUGUGUGCAGUCAGCACAUUGGUCCUGAUUUCCCAUGGCAGAGUUUCAGUGUGGUGUUUGAGCUCCACUGUGUGGGUCACUCGCCCUUCGGCAGUGUGUGUUCAGAGAGAAACGUCAACUUUAUCUUCUUCUCCACUGCAGUGCCUGAAUCCACAGAUAUCUCAGAAGAAUCAACUGCUAAAUCAUAUCUGGACACUAUUCCGUUUGUGCUGCUCAUCACGGAUGGUUUACUGAACCGCUUAAAGAUACAGUUCACACUGGAGACAAUGUACAAUAUUGUUCUGCUGGAGAGGAAACAUUCUCCAUCUGCACUGAAGCUGGGCGGAACCCAUUUUGAUGUCAUCACUGUGGAUGAGACCACUGCCAUCCUCAUCCAGGAGCUGAGUGAGUUGGACAUGAAGAUUGGACAAGCAUCUGAGCGUGUCGUCAUGAGACUCUCAGCACUAUCUCUGCAGUUCAGCCGCUGCUGGCUCAUUCUGCACUGCGCCGAGAACCACAGGGCAUUGAUUUCUAAUAACAUCUAUAUAAAUCUGGUUCAUAUCUAUUCUGCAUCUGUGCUGUUCGGAAACAAGUCUGAGAAGUUUGAUGUCAAGGUUUUACUGGUGUGUGAGGAUGAAGAGAUAGCCAGCUACAUCUAUAAGAUCGCCUUACAUACGCUGAUGAAUUCAGAGAGAGAUGGACUGAGCUGGUUGGAUAGAGACUGGCUCAGUGUGCGGCCCACAGAGGCAGAGCAUUGCCUAUUGCAUUUUCCCUGCAUUAAUCCUCUGGUUGCUCAACUGAUGUUGAGGAGAGCUCCAUCACUGCAGUGGCUGCUGGGGGCUUCUUUCUCUGAGCUGCAGGAAAUGUUCCCACAGAUCCCUCACAAAGUCAUUAAGCUUUUCAGUGAUAUUACAGCUGAGUCCAAAGUCAAAAAGGCCACCCUGAAGAGUGAGAAUACACCCUUCUCAGACAUAAACAGCCCAGCUCACCCUCCUCAUCCUCAUCUGCCUCCCUGGACUCAGGAUCUUGAUAAACCUCAGUUAGACCUGGAGGAUAAGACGCCAUGUAGCCAGUUUACACAGUUGAUUGCAGGUCAUAACAGAAGAAGAGGAGAGGAAACAUGGAGAAAAAAUGAAUUAUCUCUUCCAGAUCCAACUCACUCUCACUCAUUCAACCCCUUAUUGCCAAUUCAGUUCAGCCAAGCUUCGGCUACAUCGAGCGUCUGGCAGCCGCAGGGUGAAGGAUUUAUUCAACACCCAAAUCUAGUGCCAGGCCGAGCUGUUCCCCGAGGGUCUGCCCGUGUUCCCCUGGCUCCUCUGCCCACUUCUGAAGUGCUGGGGUUCAGGAACACUGCGUGUGCUUUCAGCUCUAGGCCGCAGGCUCGGACUCACCGGAGCUCACCUGAGAACGAUCCGCCUCGCACGACAGGAGAGGAGAGGAAGAGGCGAGAAGGAGAAGACGCGCACAGUGUGCCUCCGCUCUGCAAGAGAGGAAAACUGCUAUGUGAGCGAGUUCCAGGCAGGAAUGAUGGACAGACCAGACUGAGAUUUUUCUGAGAACGUUUUGCUUCUUUCUCUUAGGUUUGUCACUCGUUUGAGUGAAAUUUCAGAAUAUUUCUCAUGUUCAUAUGUAUUUUAAAUUUUUAUGUAGAAUAUUAUGUGAAAUUAAUACAGUUCAUCCAUAUGUUCGUAUGGAUAUAUAAACAUAUAUUUAUAUAUUGUAGAUAUUAAAGAUUAACCUAUCAUCCUUUAAGGUA